GCACAGACCCAAGUUGACCUCCACCCGGUCGGUCUCGACAGACACGGACUAAGCUAGCUGGUCUUUUUACACAGAUCGUGCCAAUAUUUAAUCCAAAUAAUUAUUUCGACGACAUCUUUAAACACUGUGGGCGAUGGCAGAACAGUCAAAGACUAAUGACAUCCUUUCUCUAUCCGAUAUUUUGGUUCCAGAUGUAGCAUGCCUUCCAUGUCAUCUCUCGUUUCCCAUCGGUAAUUAAUUCCAAAAACAAACCAAUUCAGCUGAUCGCAAUUCUGCUAUGCUGCCAUCUAUUGUCAAAAACACUUUAUUCCAGCCAAGAAUUCCUAGAUCCUCUGAGCUGAGCCGAGUGAAAAUUUGUCGGACAUGAGACAUCAAAUCUGUUUGUUUUUCACCUAUUUUUCCACAUUUUGACAGACCUGACGAAAUUUGUUAAAAUAUCCGUGAGCUUUGAACCACUAAAUAUCAUUUGGCUGAUUUAUUUUCUAUUUGUAAUAGGUUAAACUGGACUUUAAUGGGGCGAAACCCGUCGUUAGGUUUCAUUGUUGACAUGGGUUACGAGCUCUCGUUCUGAUUCGAGCAGAAUUUUUAUUUUCAACGUUCAUCAAACAUCAAAUUUCUACAGUGCCAGUGAUCAGUUUAUCAACAUGACAGAAGUGGAAGAAAGUACAGCUAAAGAACCGGUCGAGGAUGAAACUGUGGCUUCGAAUACCUACACGAUCCGCCCCAAUUUUCUUAAGAAAUUUCGGCCUGCAACAGUCAAGUCAGUCAUCCACACAGUGCUUAAUGAGGAGCUGUCAGAUAAGCAGUACAGUGCCGAGGAAACAACAGCUUGGUGUAAGCUGAUCAGUGAGAAGAUUAAGGAGAGAUUAAAAGAAUUAGAAUUAGAUCGCUACAAGUUUAUCAUCCAAGUCGUGAUAGGUGAACAGAGAGGCGAAGGAGUCAAGAUGGGCUGUAGAUGUUUCUGGGACUCUGAUACUGAUAACUAUGCGCAGGAUAUAUAUAUGAGUGAUUCUCUGUUUUGUGUGGCGGCUGCAUUUGGAGUCUUCUACUACUAGACUGGUGAACGAUAGGACUUUAGAGAGAGAUACCGGGUCUCAACCAGGGACACAGUCUUUCUAGUUCCAAGACCAGUGAGAAGGCCAACUUCCUGAAUUCAGUUCAUGUAUUCUUCUUCCAACUUUGGAUUUUGAGACUUGUCGGAGAACUCUAUUUUUGAAACAAAGAGAAAGAGAAAAUUGUUAUUCUGAUUCUGAGAAUUCUGAAUGACACAGGAACUUCUUAUUUCUGUUUUAAGUAAAUAUAUUGGAUGAUAUUGAAGGAUCUUUUAAAAAUUCAAUUUUUGUUUAUACUUUUAAUUUCUGGUUCUUCUGUUCUAACGCUCUAAUGGUCUAGAUAAGUGACAACCUCAAUUUCAAAAUGUCUUUCAUCCUUUUUGUUACCUGAAAUUAAUCAAGUAACAUUAUGUUGGUUAAGAUGUAAAGUAUUUGUUAAAAAUAUAUUUAGAAUUAAUAGAAAUCAAAUUAUUAUUUAGGGUAAAAUUACUGACAUGUUGGAAAUUGCACAUAACACAUCAUAUACAUGUACAAGAAUUCAUAUGUAACAUGAGAUACCCACCCCCCCCCCCCUCCUUGACUUCAUAUCAAAAGUAGAGAGUUUCUCUAUUAUUUAUUACAGAAUUAGGAGGCUUACUGAAUCUGAGUGUGAGUAGAUGUGUCGUGUACUUAUGCUCAAAUCUAAUGACCAUUCAGAGAGGAAAUGAAUUAUUAGUUUCAUAUUGAAUGUAAAUAUGACAGCCUAUAUUAUUUUGCAUAUUGUUGAAUUGUUUAUAGAAACUAUCAAAGUGGGAAUAUGUCACACUUGAGCACCACAUUUUUCUUAUCUCUUUCUGUAAAAAAGCAACCCCAAUAAACACCAAGGAAUAGAAGGCAGUGCCAUAUAUAGUAACUACAAAAAAAUUACUUAUCAUGAUUUGUCCUUAAUAUCAUAUUCACUGAUAUAUUGCAUAAUUCAUGCACUCUGAACUUGAAAAUGUCUUUUUAUUAUAUGCUUUAUUCAUGCAUUGCUUGUUGAUGCAUUGACUUCAGUACAUGUCUUUUUUUUUUUUUUUUUCAUUUCUGAUCAGGUGAAGAUGAAUGCCUUCAGUGUAGAUUUAAGUCGAUAGCAGCCGUACUAUAAUAUCCUGUGAGAUCAUCCUGUUUUUCAACUGUUAAGAAACAGACACUGAAUAUUAUAAGACUUAGAAACAAAAACAAAAAGUUACCUUGACCUGUAAAUUAAAGAUAAUCUAGGUCAAUCCCAUUUAGUUAAUACAGGAUUAGUCUGAUCAUAAUGGGCCCUCCCUUGUGCCAUGAUACGGCUGGACAUGUCCUUUAAUCUACUGGUUGGUCAGUGUAUUAACAUGUGAUUUGAUAUCCUACAGCUACCCCCCCCCCUCUCUCUCUCUUUAUUUGGUCACAAUCUUUUAUUCUAAAGUAUAGCUCCCAUUUCACAUGUAUGGUGAAUUCCUUAUGCCAAUCCACAAUUAUGCAGGUACACCCCCCCCCCUCUUUAUGUUUGCUUGUAUGAUAUAUAUGUUCAUUAUGUACAUAUAAUAAAGUCAGAUGAUUGACACCUGUACAUUUUUCUUGUAAUUAAAAGGUUCCAUUGCUACAGGCCAAUCUAUGUUCAGAAGUAAA